CACUAUGUGCUGACUGUCUGUACUUACAGAAGAUAUUUAAAAACAAUUUUUUUUGCAAAAAAAUUUGAUUCCAGUGGAAUCUGUGCUUUAGAUUUUGUCUUGUGAAUUAACGCCUGAAGCAAUGCCUGUACAAGCUCCACAAUGGACGGAUUUUCUCUCCUGCCCUAUUUGCACACAAACCUUCGACGAAACGAUCCGGAAACCUAUCAGUCUGGGCUGUGGCCACACCGUCUGCAAGAUGUGCCUCAACAAGCUCCAUAGGAAGGCCUGCCCCUUUGACCAGACCACUAUUAACACUGACAUCGAGCUUCUUCCCGUGAACUCUGCUUUGCUGCAGCUUGUGGGGGCUCAGGUGCCAGAACAGCAGCCAGUACCUCUGUGCAGUGGUGCUGAGAAUACUAAGCAUUAUGAGGAAGCCAAGAAAUGUGUGGAAGAACUAGCCUUGUACCUUAAACCACUCAGCAGUGCAAGGGGCGUUGGGCUGAACAGCACUACUCAGAGUGUGCUCAGCCGCCCUAUGCAGCGGAAGCUGGUGACGUUAGUCCACUGCCAGCUAGUGGAGGAAGAAGGGCGGAUCCGGGCUAUGCGUGCGGCACGAUCUCUGGGGGAAAGAACAGUCACAGAGCUCAUCCUUCAGCACCAGAACCCCCAGCAACUCUCUUCCAACCUUUGGGCCGCAGUGAGGGCCAGAGGCUGUCAGUUCCUUGGACCAGCAAUGCAAGAGGAAGCUCUCAAGUUGGUUCUUUUAGCUUUGGAGGAUGGAUCUGCUUUAUCACGAAAGGUCUUGGUUCUCUUUGUGGUACAGAGGUUGGAGCCACGAUUUCCUCAGGCUUCGAAAACCAGCAUUGGGCAUGUUGUCCAGCUCCUUUACAGAGCCUCUUGUUUCAAGGUAACUAAACGCGAUGAAGAUUCCUCCCUGAUGCAGCUGAAGGAGGAGUUCCGAACAUAUGAAGCUCUGAGACGGGAGCAUGAUUCCCAGAUUGUGCAAAUUGCAAUGGAGGCUGGUUUGCGUAUUGCCCCAGACCAGUGGUCCUCAUUGCUGUACGGUGACCAGUCCCAUAAAUCCCAUAUGCAGUCCAUCAUUGACAAGUUGCAGACCCCAGCCUCCUUUGCACAGAGUGUUCAGGAGCUAACCAUUGCUCUCCAGCGGACUGGUGACCCAGCCAAUCUGAAUCGGCUUCGACCCCAUCUUGAACUCCUAGCAAAUAUUGAUCCCAGUCCAGAUGCCCCUCCACCCACAUGGGAACAGCUUGAGAAUGGGCUGGUUGCUGUGCGGACUGUGGUACACGGCCUGGUUGAUUACAUCCAAAAUCACAGCAAGAAAGGAGCAGAUCAACAGCAGCCUCCUCAACACAGCAAAUACAAGACGUACAUGUGCCGAGAUAUGAAGCAAAGAGGAGGGUGCCCCCGUGGGGCCAGUUGCACCUUUGCACACUCACAGGAAGAAUUAGAAAAAUUUCGUAAGAUGAACAAACGUCUGGUUCCUCGAAGACCUCUGAGUGCCUCCUUAGGUCAGCUGAAUGAAGUGGGCUUAUCUUCAGCAGCUAUCCUCGCAGAAGAAGGGGCAGUGGACUUGCCUAGCAGAAAACCCUCUGCCUUGCCAAAUGGGAUUGUUUCAGCAGGCAGUACAGUGACACAGCUUAUCUCUCGUGGAACUGACUCCAGCUACGAUUCGGCCCUGAAGCCUGGGAAGAUGGAUCACCUUAGCAGCAGUGCUCCCGGGUCACCUCCUGACUUGCUGGAAUCUGUCCCCAAGAGUUCUCUACCUGCCUUACCAGUGAAUUCUCAUCCUGUUCCCCCCCGGGGACCUGCAGACCUGGCUCCGAUAUCCGUCGGCAAGCAGCUCCAAAUGGUAUCACGUGGCUCCCCGUAUUCUGCUCAGCAAGCUGAUGUGUUUUACCCAGAUCCUCGGGGAGCAGCUCCACAAUUUGAACCCCCACCCUACCAACCAGGUGUGUAUUAUCCUACGACUCAAUCUUCACAGUGCAUGUCUCGAUUUGUCCGACCUCCGCCAUCUGUUCCUGAACCCGGCCCUCCUUAUUUAGACCAUUACCCACCAUACCACCUCCCAGACCGUGUGGUGAAUUCUCAGUAUGGCGCACAACCACAGCAAUACCCUCCUAUGGGACAGGCCAUGUACCCUCCCCACUACGACAGCCGCCGUGUGUAUCCCCCUGCCCAGCCAUACCAGCGAGAAGAGAUUGUUAGAGGAAGCCCUGUACCCAUUGAAAUCCCUCCACCAGCUGUAUCACCAUAUGUACCUGAAGCAAGAGACAGAUAUCCACAAGUGGAAGGCUAUUAUCCAGUCAGUCCACAUCUUAGCCAGAUCCGACCUUCAUAUCACAGAGAGCCUUAUAGCCGGCCUCCGCCUCAGCCACAUCCCAGUCUAGAUGAACUGCAUCGUCGUCGGAAGGAGAUCAUGGCUCAGCUAGAGGAAAGGAAAGUGAUCUCCCCUCCUCCUUUUGCACCGUCACCAACUUUGCCUCCCUCUUUCCACACUGAUGAGUACAUGGAUGAAGAUCUGAAGGUCGCUGGCAAAUACAAAGGAAAUGACUACAGCCAGUAUUCUCCUUGGUCAUGUGACACCAUUGGCUCCUACAUUGGAACCAAAGAUGUAAAACCCAAAGACAUUGUGGCUGCGGGGACUGUGGAGAUGGCGAAUGUGGAUAGCAAAGGGAUGCGAGACCAGCGGUUGGAUUUGCAGAGGAGAGCGGCGGAGACUGGUGAUGAUGAUCUCAUUCCAUUUGGAGACCGGCCCACUGUCUCUAGGUUUGGUGCCAUCUCGCGUACAUCUAAAGCAAUGUACCAGAAUCCUGGACCCAUGCAAGCCAUGACGGUUCAAGGAGCUUCCACAAAACCAGUCAACAUUUCAGAUUACAGCCCUUAUGGAACACACAGUGCAUGGGGAGGUUCACCAUACGCACCCCACCAAAACCUACCUUCUCAGGGACGUCUAAGUGACAGGGAAAGAUUGUCCAUAACAGAUGCAGCUGGCCAUGGGAAACCUUUACCAUCAGCCGAGAGGGAACAGCAACUUCGGCUUGAACUGCAGCAACUAAACCAUCAAAUCAGCCAACAAACACAACUCCGAGGUCUAGAGGCUGUUAGUAACAGGCUGCUGUUGCAGAGGGAGGCGACCACCUUGGCAGGCCAACCACAGCCCCCACCACCACCUCCUAAGUGGCCUGGAAUGAUCUCAAGUGAACAGCUGAGCUUGGAGCUGCACCAGGUGGAGAGGGAAAUCGGGAAGAGAACCCGGGAGCUGAGCAUGGAGAGUCAGUCUUCCCUGGAAGUGAAAAGCAAACUGGGUGCCAGUAAGCAAACAGAAAAUGGACAGCAAAGCAAGGUGCCAGCUGAGGACCUUGCAAUGACAUUCAGCAGCGAUAUUCCGAACGGAUCAGCCCCAACCCAAGAAAACGUCGGCCUCCUCUCAAACAAAACUGCAGCUCUGAACUUAUCAGAGGACCCGGAAGGGGGAGGAGGCGAACAGGACUCUCAGAGGGCAGGAACGACAUCUGCAUCUGCUCCCUGAAGGAACAAAAAGCAUCCCUCCACUUCUGUCGGGGGUCACCUCCCCCCCCCUUGGGACGAAGGGAGACAGCAAGAACUACAACAGCAGCAGGUCCAGAGAUAAUGUGCACAACACCACUACUAGAAACAAACCCUGCACAUAGUUCACAUUAACACAUUUUUUAAUUAAAAAAAAUGAAAAUUAGCAGUAUCUGCAAGCAACUCAGAUUAAAUUUGUUUUUGUUCUGUGAAUGAACUUUAUUUUAAUAACUUUGGAUGCCUUGAAUGCCAGGGCUUUAAAAGAAACAGAUAUUAUAUAUAUAUAUAUACACACUCUGUUUGAUUAAUUGUAUGAUCUUAAUGAGGUAGGUUUUCUCUUUUAUUUUGGUAUUAUUACAUACCCAGUGUAUAAUUCCUUUUAGGCCUCUUUACUCCUCCCUUUGCAACAAACUCACUGCUUUUGUAUGAGUUUGAAAGGGAAAAAAAUUGGGAAUGCUAGAUGAAGGAGGAAGGCUCUAACUUGCUUGGUUGAAAAUUGUGUAGCAGAGUUGAUCUAAAAGUAGCUCUCCUUAAAGACAAUACCCAUUCCUUGUCAUUGAUUCAUCAUUUUUUCCUAAAUAUUAAUAGAUUUUAAGCUACAGUAGUGAUGCAUUUUUAUCACUUGGCAAUAGCAAAACUCCAUACAAACCUUAAGGAAUAAAAGAGGGGAGCUAUUUCAGAAGGGAGUAGAAGUAUCUGGGCUCCUGAAUCAAUAUGAAUUGGCUAAUGUAGCGUAAUCUUGUCUCUCAAGAUAGGCAGCAGAUUUUUUGAUUUUUUUAAAAAACUUGGAUCUGAGGAAGUAUCUGCAGAUGGAUAUUGUGGUUUUCUGAUGCAAUAGAGAAGCAGAGGUGAAGUGGAGAUAGGGAGUGACGUUCUCCCUUUUUUCUGUCUCGUUGAAAGUAAAACCUACAUUUUUGUGCACCUUCUGUGGUACGAUAUCCAAAUGCCAUUGGGUGGGUUGGGGGAUUGCCUCUGUGCCAGGACCUAUAAAAAAGUUCUGUUUUGGAUGAGAUAGGAAAACAGACAAGAAAUCCAACCAUUUUUCAUCUCUCUUCCUUCUGCAUUUUUUAUUGCAUCCAAAGCUGCUGUUAGAUCCCCUUUAAUCGUUGGCUUGUCUUUGGAAAUUGAAUGGGGUCUUCUGUGUCAAAACCUUUUGAGAGUCAAGGAUUCCUCUGCUUAAGGGAGGAUUAGCCCCUGGAAAAAUAUCCCUUACAUAGUUUUAUUUCAAGCAAAUCUACUUUGGAAAAAAAAUCUCUUACGGAUCUAUAUGGAAUGAAACAUUUCUCAUUUCUGCUCAUGGCACUUCAUGUUGAGACUGCCUGUAAAAAUCCCACCCUGCAAGACAGAGGGGGUCUUGCUCAUGCUGCACACAUUUUUAACACCCUCCCCCCCCCCUCCACUUUUACAUAGACUCUGAGACGUUCUGAAUGAAAAACUCUUGGCAAAGGCUUCCUCACAUCUCUUAGGCCGCCUUCUCCCGUACGAAUUUAGACUACUAAAUCUCAGAAAGCACUGGCUAUGUAAUAAGUUGCAGGGUUGCUUUGGUUGGGUAAAAGCAGAAGUUCAUUCAUCUUGUUUUAGGGUUGUUGUCUCCCCCUCUUCCAUUAACCCCUUGUUGAGGUCAUAGUAACCUUCAGCUAAGCUUGGCAUUUGUCUGUCUUGUUAAAUAAAACAAAAAAAUUGCGGGGGUGGGGGGAGAAGGACAGUUCCCUUGUUGCCUACCAGUAGGAGAGUCCAAGCAGAAGACUCUUUUGAGUAGUGAUGAUUAUUUAAUUUGCCCAGUCAAGGCACUGCAUUUAUAUACUAUUUCACAUUGAAUUUGAUUAUGCCCUACAGACCUGGCUGGCCAAAAAUUUGAUACACAUAUUGGCUUGGGAUUCGAGCUUUCUUUUUUUAUUUAAAUAAAAAUUAUAUGUAUGUAUAUAUGUAUAUAUACAUAUAUAUGUAGUUAUAUCUGUAUAUAUAUUGGAUAUGUUUUAAGAAUUUUUUUCGCACGAGUGCAGCUGUUGUCAAUACGUUUGGGAGGUGCAGGCACUGAAAUACAGGCAUUUUUAAUUCUAGUCUCUUCUGGUUCUCUUAAAUUCACUUGACACUGUAUCACUACUUGUUUUUUCUGAAAGCAUAAGAGAUGUUGAAGUUUUUAGGCUUUUGGGGCUUUUCCUUGAAUCACAAGAGUGUGUUCGUUUUGCAGCUCCUUGAUUGUCUUUCCUCUUUUCAUAUCGUUAUUCUCCCCCCUACACACACACACACUCAACUGCCCUAAGGUCUAGGUAGAAGCCUCUGUUCCUCUUUUGUGAGUCGCUGGUUUGAGAGAGCCCGUCGCAUCUUCCUAAUGGGGAAAUCGGAGUAUAGAAUUGCGAGUGAUCAAAUGAGGAAACUCCAGCUUGUAAAAAUGGCUUUCCUUCUAAUUUCACCCUCCUCUUCAGGAAGCAAGGUGUACCAUUCCACACUGAAAGAGUCAAGUCCAGAACAGAUUUUUCUCAUCUUUUGUCUAGAAGUUAAAGCAGUUUAGUCUCAUCCUAAUCGUAUGAACUGUGUAGUUCCAACCCAGUUAGAAAGGUUAGAUUAGAUUAGUUUCUAACUACAAGGGGGCAGGACUUCAUAGUAGAGGCUUCAAGCAGCCCCAACACAGUUGCGUGCCCUGAGUGUGAACUAUAAAUACCACCUCUUAAUAGUUGUCCCCUUGCUUUCCUUGUGCUGUCCUUUGUGCACAAUGUCCUUGUUAUGAUCAGUCUAUCUAGGUUAAUGUCCUGUUUGCACAACUUCUGCAAACCACAUUGAUCUUGGCUUAGUUUCCUUUUUCAUUUUGUGUUUGUGUGUGUGAGAGAGAGAGAGAGGGAGAAAGAGAGAAGUUAAUAAAAGACACAGAAUGAGAAAUGGUGAAAUUUGUUGGCUGUUUUAUUAGAAGAGUCUGUAGUACUCUAGUUCUAGCUUUUAUAGUUGACUUUUCUCAGGGCCUCCACUCAGGAACUUUGCAGUGAAGGUUAAAAUGCUGGGAUUGGUAUGACCGUUGCUUCCUAGCAGGGAAGGUAGAGAAAAAUGGUUAAACGCAAUCAUCAGCUGUUACACAGCAACUUCAGUGGCUUCCCAAAAACCGCAUUCAGGAUCUUUACUUUGGAGUUAGAUUCAUAAGCUGAAAAAAUGGGGACCUGUUGAACUUCCUCUCUCAUACCAGAGGAGUAAAGUUUUUCCCUUGCAGUUUCUUUUGAGUGGUAGAACUCAGAUUUGUGCCGCAGUGUUGUAGAAAUGCAGUGAGAAAGUGAGUUUUCACAUGGGAUUCAGAAUCUGUUUGUCAACUGCAGAUCCAUGUACCUUUGGACUCCGGACAAGUCUGAAAAUCUUUGUCUUCUGAUAGCUAGGGAAAACAGAGCAAUGGUCAUAUACAUGAUAGUGUCCUAGAUGAAGCCUUAUGACUUCCUCCACCCUUCAUUUAUAAGUCAGUGAGUGACCACCACAUUUUUGUUAGUGAAUGGUCAUAGCUCUGAACAGUCACAGCUCGGAUGGUGAACCAUUCUGUUGGCUGCCUCUUCCACUCCAUUACGUUGCCUGUAAGAUGGUUCUUUUUAAAAAAUUUCUUCACUUUAAUAGUUGCUUAGAGCCCACUGGCAUUAGCAAUAUAUAUUAGCCUGAUAUUUUGGUACUAAGGAUGUCAUAGUAAACAUGUAGUCAAGCACUCCCUGUUUUUUUGCAACAAAAUGUAUUCUCAGACAAGUUGACAAAAAACACAUGUUCAUACGUGGAAAUUUAACUGAAGCCCCAGGUUUCAGAACAACAUUUAAGAUCUCUGACUCACUAAAAUGGAAGAGUAACACCUGCUUUCCUUGAAUAAGGUCAGUGCCUUUGUUUUGUGCUAGCUGGUUUCACAUUAGUUCUUGGUGAUCUUGGCUAAUAAGAACCUUGCAGAAUCCUUCCUGCUUUUCUAGGUGGUUCUUAUCUUGCUGUUCCCUCUCUUUAGGCAUGCCAGUCACCCUCCCUGAUCAUGCACCAGUUGACAGCUUGCUGCCUCAAAACCGAGCAUUCAAAUGAAUUCGCUUAGCCAAUAACUUCUGUGAAGUUGCCUUUUCUAAUGGUGUUAUUACUCAGUGAUACACAAUUGUGGUAUUGCCCCUACUGGUAGGCAAAUGAGGUGGGGGGAUCUGUAUAAAUGUGGAAAACAUCUUUUUUUCCAUUCAAGGAGAGCCAAAGACUUGUGCUUUACUCUUGGUUUGUUUGUUUUUAUUUUAACUUUACUGGGCUAGCCAGUUUGGAUUGGGGGGGAAACUUUGUAAUGUUUUGUUUUCCAGCUCUUAACACUGAUAGAAUGUUCAAAAGCUCAUGACUGUCGAGCCUUAUGAGAAUACAUUAGAUGAAUAAUUAGCAGGUUUUGGAAGUGGUGUGUUUAAGCAUCUCUUUAAAUUUGCAGCCAUUUAUCUCAUCUUGUUUGUUAAAAUAUACAAAUACGCACAGAUGUGUACAUGGUUGAACACUCUCCCAAGUUAAAUUUACAGUUAGCAAAGGGAUUAUUUUUUUAAAGUUGCUGUUGUUUACUUUGAUUAUAUUUGCUUGGAAUUUUCUAUCAAACUUGAGUUGACAUAAAUCUAAGGAAGCUUUAAACAGAAUGGGAAAAGGCUCUUUAAAUGCAAGUUGCGUCAAACAUACCCAGGGGGUAUAUAUUUGCUUCUGCAAAGACACUGCCUGUGUUGACCACAUAGGGAGAUCUGUGGCUGCAGAAAGUGUGUUGAGCUCUAGCCUACAGAUUAGACAGAUUAAACACAGUGGUGUCUGUUCAGUGCUAUGCGGAAGUCACUCUUUAUACACUCUUUAAUCAUCUUUGUACAUGAAUUCACUAUAAAGGCAAUAAGUAGUAAUUGGAAUGCACUUGGCUUCAUAGUUAUAUUUAUUUAGUAAGCAUGGGCCUCUUUAAAAUAAGGAGCCCCAGGGCAGCCUCUCCCAAUUGUUCUCAUUAAAUGCUACCGUAUAUUUAUAGUGAAAUUUGCAUUAUGGCCUACAGGUUUGCAUAUCUUAAUCUCUGGGGAAGGUGCCUUUUCUAUUUCUAAAGCCAAGUUUCCCAGCCUUGAAAUCCUAGACUGUAUCUUACUACUCCACUCAGCAAAAUGUGAUGCCUUCCUCCAACUUAAAGUUAGACUGGAGGAAGGCUUCAGACUUUGUUCAGUGAAAUGGUAGGAUAUGUGGCUCUGUUUCUUUAAAUUCUGUGACAGGAGAGUAGAUCACUUCCGUGCCUUCUGUCCUGAUGCUCUCAUCCAACCCCCAUUCCCCCUGAAGCAACAACUCCAGUUUUGUCUUAUAACAGGGAGGGGAGGGGAGCAUGAAAGGUGGACAAGGACACCACGAGAUGAAUAGAGGAGGAAUCCUGCAUCUGUAUACUCACCUGCUGCUUUCAGAGGACAGAGGCAAAACCUCUAGAUUGUGAUCGAAUGAGCCCUUUCCAGACUGCAGGUUCAGAUACUGACUUGGCUGAUAGGGUUUCUUGCUAAGUACAAAGUUGAAUUUAACAACUUGAAAGGAAUGUGAGUGAGAAUUUUUAAAAGCAGCUUUUGUGGCAUUGGGAAACAAUUGCCAUCACUUUGGGUUUAAUAUUUCACAUCUGAGCACUGCAUCGACCUGCUCCAGAAAUAAAAGCGUCAUGUCAGUGAGAUGCUGGUAGAGAAUUUUACAAAUGGGAACCUUCUGAUCAUCCCCAAAAGCACCCUUUGAGAUGUACCUAUCAGCCUGGUUUUGGGUUGAUCUCGAGCUGUUUGAAAACUCAGAUUAACAUGCAGCAACUAAUUAGUGCAGUCACUCCCCCCCCCCCCACCGCAGACUUGGUUGUCCAAUACUCACCAGGAUUUAUUUAUUUGUUUAAUCCCCCCCCUCCGUUUCCUUUUUUAUAUAUAAUCUGCCUGUAGAGGGUUCUGUACUUAAAAGUGUAGCUAGCCAGGGCACUAUUUGUGAUGUCCCAAAACAUCACUGAAAGGAAAGUGACUCCUCUUCCUUUCACUGCUCAGUGAGAAGUCUGGAUGGUGCAGUGGCCUUCCAGUAUUUAUUAACUGAAAUGUGACUUAAAAAAAAAAUUCAUUUUGAUUUCUCUGAUGAGCUACUGCAGUAAGGGUGUGGUUUAAGAGACAGUGAACACUUCCAGUUUUCAUUGCGAUACCUGAAGAGAUGUGUAGUUGGUAACUCAAGUUGCUUGCCAUUUGAUGACUUGGUAGCUUCUGUUCUGACGUGUAAAUUGGGUUGCCUGUGUCUAAAUAUAUGGCUGCCUUAUGCUUUUUUUUAACAUCCAAGAAUAUCUAAAGGGAGUGGGGAAAAUAUAUAAAUGUCGAGGGGCGGGGGGUUCCCCCAAAAGGAAAAAAUGUAAUGCUCAAAUGCAGUCUCUCUCUGAAAACUAAAAGUAUUAGAUAUGCUGAUGUUACAUGUAUAACCUAUCUUUUUUAUGAUAACAGAAAUCCUGUGGAGUAUUUGGUGUUUGCUAUAAACAAAAUUUGUUUGCUUUUUGUGUAUGUUAAAAGUGACUGGGCACAAUUAUUAAGUGGGGGAAGUCACCUGCACAAGCCUCAUUUGAAAUGCAUGAGGAUACGUGCAAGAAGACCGCCACUGGUCGGCCCUUUUGUCGUUAACGUUAGUUUAUUGUGGCAGACAAUACUCACAAGUCUUUGGCAUCCAAAACCAGAUUGUGUAACUGGAUUGGACUCCCACAACUGGAUCUGCAUAGGGAGCUCCUUUGAAAGCUUAGCCUUGGGUAAGACAUCUGGGGUGGGUGGGGGCAAGACAGGCAGGCCCACUGAUGAUGGGACACUGCUUUGUAGGUUGUCUUUACAACACUCAGGCGCUGUAGAGGCAGAAGAAACCCAUAAAAUGAAUCUCUGCUGCCUAUUGUAUGUUUACAAUUGCCUUGCAGUCUCUGCUUGCUAUGUAAGCAGCCCGUUUGCUAACCAUGGACCCCUUUCCCUGAAGGCGACUUUAUCAGCAGCAUGGUGGCAUUUUUUGUUAGUUUUCAAGAAUUGCCAAUCAGCCAUCUAGAUUUUGCUCUUUGGUGUUGUUGGUUUUUUGUUCAUCAAACCUGCCCCCCUCCCUUUCUGUUUCCAGAAGUCCCCUGGCCAUUUCCAGUUGUGGGAAUUCUCUAUAUGUGUGUGCAUUCUUAAUGGUUGUGUGUAUGGUGGGGGGAGGGGUUUAAGCCAAGUUUCCUUUGGUCUUUUUAGGAUCGUACCAGUCUCCCCGAGACAUUCUUAAGUCAUUAUCACCUUUUUGGGUGGAGUUCAUUUUUUUUAAUAACUUUUGACAUUUUUGGUGCAUAUAUGCUUGGGAUAGAGCUCAUGUAAUUUACCAAUCGUAUUGAUUGUAUGUGAUUGUGCCCUGCAGAGGUAUAUUUAACAAAAAAUAAAUAAACAUUUAAAAAAUAAAAAAGUUAAAUCUAGGGUGAUGAUGCUGUUAAUAAAGGAGACUGAGAUGUUUGA